GCCACACUCAACUCUGUGCUCUACAAGUUGAGAUGAAAUGAACUCCUCACGGCCUGCUCUUUCUGCACUCUGCAGAGGUUUGAUCCCGGCCCUCUCCACCAGAACCCUGACCCAGGAGACGACUGCAGCAGCUAAACUGAAGACCAUCGAUGACUUGCCCGGACCCACUUUGUCCACCACCCUCUUCUGGUUGUUUGCCAAAGGGUACAAGGACAAGAGCCACUUGCUGCAGGGUGUACAGAAGAAUCUGUACGGGCCGAUCUGGCGCUCCAGGUUCGGUCCGUUCGACUUGGUUAAUGUGGCAAGUCCCGAGCUCAUAGCCCAGGUGAUCCGACAAGAAGGACGCUACCCGGUCCGAGCGGAGCUGCCACACUGGAAAGAAUACAGAGACUUGCGGGGACAAGCCUACGGUCUGCAUGUGGACAAAGGGCAGGAGUGGUACCGAAUGCGGAGUGCUCUAAACCCAAAGUUGCUGAGGCUGCAGGAGGUGUCGGCCUACGCUCCAAUCAUCCACCAGGUGGUUGAAGACUUCCUGCAACGCAUCGAGUUCCUCCGCAUUCGCAGUCCAGACCGAGCUACUGUUUCCGAUGUGGCUGCUGAGCUCUACAAGUUUGGCUUCGAAGCUAUCUCCUCCAUCCUGUUCGAGACCAGGCUGGGCUGCCUGCAGGAAGACAUACCCGAGGACACGGUGCGCUUCAUCGCUGCAGUUAACGACAUGCUGACCCUGUCUGAGACCGUGGUGGUCUUUCCACGUUGGAUGCGCUCGGUCUUCCCCUUCUGGAAGCGCUUUGUGCAGGCCUGGGACGACCUCUACAACACAGCACAGACUCUCAUAGACAAAAGACUUAGUGACAUUCACAGUCGGAUGGAGCGAGGUGAGCUGACGGACGGGUUAUACCUGACUUACCUGUUGUCCUGUGACAAGCUGACCCAAUCCGAGAUCUACAUCUGUGUGACGGAGCUGCUGCUGGGCGGAGUGGACACGACCUCCAACACACUCUCCUGGGCCUUGUACCACUUGGCGAGGGACCAGCGGGUUCAGGAUCGAUUGUACGGCGAGGUGAAUGCCGUGUGUGCCAACAGGCGGAAGCCAGAUACAGAUGACCUGAGAGGAAUGCCCUAUCUGAAGGCUGUCAUCAAGGAAACAUUACGCUUAUAUCCUGUGGUUCCUGGAAAUGGACGAUUCACUGCAGAGAGCGAAGUGAUUGUGGACAACUACCGGUUCCCGAAGAAGACUCAGUUUCAUCUGUGCCACUAUGUUGUCAGCCGCGACCACACACAGUUCACCCAUGCUGAUGACUUCCUGCCGGAGAGGUGGCUUCGCACUCACGCCUUCCAGCACCACCCAUACAGCUUCAUCCCCUUUGGUGUGGGCGUCCGAGGCUGUGUAGGGAGGAGGGUGGCAGAAAUGGAGAUGUACUUCGCCUUGUGCAGGCUGGUGCAGCAAUAUGAGGUUCGGCCAGGAGAGGACAGCGCCCCCAUGGAGGCCAAAACACGAACGCUGCUCAUCCCAGCAAGACCCAUCAGCCUCCGCUUCCUGCUCCGAACCUGAGGCAACACUUGUGAGGUCUGACUCAGCUGAUAACUUUCUCUGCACUUUCUGGUCAGAUCAGCAAGAAUAAUUAUAUCCCAAGCAUAGAUUAAAGACAUUGCACUUUCAUGGUGUGUAUUUAAUCUUUCUGCAAGCACUAUGAUGGAGGCACGCGCUACGCAACCUGCUUUGUGAGGGUUUGCGCAAUCAUUGCACAUUUUGGUUUCUGCCCUGUAUUUAAUCAGGAAAUGUGCAAAUUACUAAAUGAUUGUAAUUAGGGAUGUCCGAUAAUGGCUUUUUGCCGAUA